CACUGAUAUCACAAGUGGAAGCCCUGAAAGAAGAAAACGACAGUCUGCGCUGGCAGCUGGAUGCCUACCGCAAUGAGGUGGAACUGCUAAAGCAGGAGCAGGGCAAAGCGAGCAGGGAUGAAGACACAACCAAGGAGCAGCAGAUGAAGCUUCUCCAGCAGGCUCUGCAGGGGAUGCAGAAGGAGAAAGCCGUUCUGCAGAUGGGCUCCCUGGACAGUGACGAUGCAAGCGAGAUGCCGCUGCAGGUGCCAAACCCUCUCUAUCUCCAGAGAGAACUCUGGGCAUGGGUGCCUGCAGGAGCAGCUGCUGGACCUAAAGGCAGCAAAUCUAUCCGCCAGAAGCUGGAGAGCUUUUCAAAGGAGAAGAAAGACUGCUCUCCCCAGACUUUUCAAGUCAUCGCCAAUGACCGUGCCUACAAGCAGCUGCAGGAAGCAGUGAAGAAGAGCCGCCGGCUCUGCCUGGAGGUGGAAGCUACGGUGACGAGAUUUCGGGCUCAGAGGCAGAAGAGGUCCCCGAUGGGCAGGAGCUGUGACCUGGUACCCUAUGGGGUCUUCCCGGAGGAGCCGCUUUCCCCAACUUUUCUCAACAACAGCUCCUGGAGCCAGCGAAGGGGGGCGAUGUCCGUGGACUCCAUCACCGACCUGAGUGACAACACUUCCAAGCUGCUGGAGGCACUGCAGUUGUCACACCCCCAUGAGCUGGAUCCACGGAGAAGCCUGGGCAAGAAAAAGAUGUUGAGCCUCAACCCCAUCACCUGGCAGGUCCCACGGAUCGUGGACAGAUGUUGUGAACACAUUGAAGCGCACGGUCUCCAAACGGUGGGCAUCUUCCGGGUUGGGAGCUCAACAGCAGGUAAAGUGAGACGUUUACCGGAAGAGUUUGACCGAGGACUGGAUGUUUUCUUGGAUGAGCAUCAAAGUGUUCAUGAUGUGGCUGCUCUGCUCAAAGAGUUCCUUCGGGACAUGCCAGAUUCGCUGAUUCCCAGAGAGCUCUAUGCAGCCUUCCUCAGCACAGCCUCCAUGGAGGGUCCGGCACAGCUGGCUGCCCUCCAGCUGCUGCUCUUCAUGCUGCCGCCCUGCCACAGCGACACCGACACGCUGCACCGGCUCCUGCGGUUCCUCAGCGAGGUGGCCCGGCACGCCGAGAGCUCCUGGGGCCCCGACGGCCGGGAGAUUCCUGGGAAUAAAAUGACAGUUUCAAACUUGGCCACAAUCUUUGGUCCCAACAUCCUGCAGAAAGAGAAGCCUGGAGAGAAAGACACUGGUGCCAUGAACUUUGAAGACAGCGCUGCCAUCAUCCUGGUGGUCCAGAGGUUGAUUGAGCACUACCAGACCUUGUUCACGGUCUCUCCAGAAAUGCAACGUGACGUCCUGAGGAGGCUCUUUCAGACAGACCCUGAUGUCAUCGACUACCUUUUGCGCAGGAAGCUCCGUGCCGUGCCGAGCAGAGAGAGUGAGGAGUCAAGAGAGGAGCACGCUCCGUCCCCGCUGCCUGCUCGGACCUGCACCCUGGAGAGCAGCUCGGUCUCGUCACAGCUGUACAGCAACGUCUCGUUCCUAAACCUAGAUGUUGGCAUCUAG